AUGCUGAUCCACCUGCUACUCUUGCCGCUCCUUGCGAGCACAUGGGCAAAGCCCACCUCGUACGCCAUCUGGUCCGCAGACUCGGCCAUCUCCCGCGGCCAGGGAAACGGGCUGGGCUCGAACGGCGCACCUCUCGUCUCGUACGAGCAUGGCGAGUUCUGGUGGGCCCUCAGGCUUCUGUACGAGAAGACGGGGAACAAGAUCUACUUCGAUUACAUCCGGCAAGGUGUAGACCGCGUGGUCGCCGCGAACGGCACCAUCGGGGGCGGAUACGGGUUCACUACCGAUUACCAGCUGGACCCUAUCCGGACCGGACCUACAUUCCUGUACCUAUACGAUGUGACGGGUCAGCAGAAGUACAAGAUCGCUGCGGAUAAGUACAGGCAACAGCUGGAGACACAUCCGAGGACGGCUCAGGGCCAGUUCUGGCAUAAGCUCCGUUACCCGAAUCAAGGAUGGCUGGACGGCAUCUACAUGGGCGACGUGUUCUACGCGCAAUACACCCAUGACUUCCAAUACUCGAACAAGUCGGCCUGGGACGACGUCCAGGCGCAGUUCACGCUCAUGUUCGAGAACACGCUCCAAAACGCGACGUCCCCGCCGCACCUGCUCUACCACGGCUACGACUACUCGCACGCCGCCCCGUGGGCCUCGCCCGAUCGGGGCCACUCUCCCGAAUCCUGGGACCGCGCGCUGGGCUGGUACAUGAUGGCCCUCGUCGACACGCUCGACAUUUUCCCGCCCGCCCACCCGGGCCACGCCGCGCUGCUGUCGUUCUUCCGCACGCUCGCGCCCCGGGUGAAGGCCGCCGCGGACGCGCAGACCGGCGUGUGGUGGCUCGUCUUGAGCCAGCCCGGACGCGCGGGGAACUACUUCGAGAGCUCGGGCAGCGCCAUGUUCGUCUACGCGCUGCUGAAAGGGGUGCGGAGGGGCCACAUCGAGGACGACGGGAUCGUGAAGGCGAUGAGGAAGGCCUACGGGUAUAUGGUGGAGAACUGGGCCAUUCCAAACGCCAACGGGACCAUAGACUGGCAGAAUACGGUUCAGGUUGGGAGCUUGGACGGUAACGGCACGUUCGAGUAUUACACCAGCGUGCCCACGGACGUGAACGAUUUGAAGGGCUUGGCUGCGUUCACUCUCGCCAGCAUCGAAUACGAAAACCUGUAG